AUGGUUGGACGUCUUUCUUCUUACUUCAAACGGAAGAAUAAGAAACGUGAUGGAACGAAGAGCUCCUCCGGCCCGGUGUCCGAUGCUGAGGCUUCACCGGCCAGAAGCGCAAUCUCAUUAAGAAUUCCACCUACUACUUCUCGAGAAACGGAAACUACAAUAAACGACAAGUCUGAGGAGUCUCAACCCGCCGUAAUGUCGGAGAGUGUCAAACCAAAUAAUGUCUCUGACUUAUGGUCUCAAGCCUACCAAGAACUGGACGAUAAGGCUAAAAAAUGGAUCGGUGAUGCCUCCAAAAAUGUUAGUGGUGAGGAGAGGACCCAAGACCUCAUCACUCUCGUCCAAAAUAGAGAAGAAGAGUACAAGGAUGGGACUCUCAAGAUCAGGAUUGGUGAUUUCGAGAUUAUGUGGAGAGAUUACGCCAACAGUGUUGUGUCGUGGAUAACAGCAAUUGGAGACAUCUCCAUCAGCUUCGCCCCUGCAGGAGCCUCGGUCGCAUGGUCAGCUCUCAAAGUACUCUUAAAGGCAAAUGUUUCCCAAUGCGAGGACCUUGCCGCCAUUUUCGGAUGCGCUGAAAAAGUCCUACGGCUUAUGCGACAUGGUAGGGUAUAUGAAGACGUAUACCUUAGUGGCGGCUCUUGUAACGGCGCAACAGAAAAUCUAAAAGAUGCGCUCGUUGAUCUAUACAAGGGAUUGAUGGAGCUCCUCACCCACGCCUUUGUGCGCUUAAAUGAAGGCCAAGGGAAGCAAUUUCUGCGUGCCCUCGUCUCUGGUGGAGAAGGCGCAAAGUUGAUAUCGGCACUGACCGAACAAGAACAACAUCAGACGCUACUCAAAAGUCUCGAUGAACCAUUAAAAAACGUGGAAAAUACCGUCAAGAAGCUACUACAGAAGGUUGAGGAUGGUACAGUGGAACAGGCGCUAGAAUAUAUCAGCACUAUACCGAUCGGCGAACAUCAACAAGAAAAGCGUGAAGCAAGGACCCCUCGGACAUGCGAAUGGCUAUUAAAUCAUUCCAGGUUUAUUGAAUGGGAAAGAUCAAGUUAUUCUUCGAUGUUAUGGCUUCAAGGAAACGUUGGUGCGGGAAAGUCAUUCCUAACUUCCAAGGUAAUCGAUUACCUUCCUGUUACCCGUCAACAGGAGGCUGAAUAUGAUGAAGGCUUUGCCUACUUCUAUUGCAGUCGUUCAGAUCCGGAACGUCGACAGACAAAGUAUAUCCUGAGGAGCUAUGGGGAAGGCACCGUCAAAGUGUUUAUUGCCAGUCGUAAAGAGGCUGACAUUGAAGAAUACCUUGGUCUGAAGAAGCUGGUUGAGAUAAGUACUGACAACAAAGAAGACAUUGAGAAAUAUGUUGAAGAGGAGGUAGCAAAGGUUAGCGGUAUAUGGAGGUCUGUUUCGGCAGAAGUUAAGGAGCAGGUUAAGAAGACGAUCGGAGAGAAAAGUGAUGGAAUGUUCCGGUGGGCAUAUCUUCAAUGGCAAGAGCUCAAAAAGAUGAGAACCAACCAAAGCAUUCGUGAGCGGCUUGGAAAGCUUCCUAAAAGUCUCACAGAAACAUACGAAGAAAUUUAUUCAAGAAAUGAAGAAAAGGUUAUCUUACAACGGGCUGUUAAAUGGGUGUUAUGUUCUAGAAGGCCAUUGACAAGCGAAGAGCUUCUAAUGGCCAUCCGGUUGGAGAGCAACCUUGAGUCUGUUACGGUAUCAGAUCCCAUCGACGAGUCUACCUUGGAGAGUAUAUGCUCACAUUUGGUUGUCCUAGACUCUCAACUCAAGGUGUGGAAAUUUCCGCAUGCAUCAGUUGCAGAGUAUUUUGAGAGUGAACAUAAGAGCUGGAUAGAUACAGCUCCUGAAGAUGUGGCGAUUCUACUGGUUUCAUGUUUGAUAGAUUGCUACUCGAACUGGACACUCCCUGAAUCGAACCGUGAGAUAAAAAAGUUCCUCAAGACGGCGCCAGAUCUGGACGAUUAUCUGGAUCCACGGCAUCCUCUUCAAAAAUAUACGGGAAACUAUUGGUUAGAGCAUGUGAAAAUCACUGCAGACCAGUGCCAAGAGGUGGCAAGAAUAUCAGAGAUUCUUAAACGCUUUUUGGGAAGCAAAGGUCCUCAGCAGUCCUCCAGCCAAUAUCAAGCAUGGUACAGACACAUGGAUAUCAUUGAUAAAGGUGAUUUUGACUUUGAUGUUGACGAUUUACACCCAUCAGAGAAAUCCAUUUUUUUUAUUUGUGUUUUCGAUUUUCAUAAGCUGUUCACAGGCUGGUGGGAUAAAGAUAUUGAUGUCUCACAAGUCAAUGGUAUGAGACUGGAUUUACUCGCCAUUGCUGCGAGCUACGGCCAUGACGAGCUAUGUUCCGAGCUUAUUAGCCGCGGAAGCGAUAUACACAGAGAGUUGGAUAGUAAUUAUGGAAGCGCGCUCAUGGAAGCCAUUGUUUCGUCAAGAAUAGGAGCGGCGAUGCUCCUCUUGGAAAAGGGCGCCAAUCCAAAUUUUAUCAGGAAAGAUGGCAGUUGCGCUUUGGAAUCAGCUACCUAUAGCAACAGAAUUGAUUCAGCAAAGCUCUUGAUAAAAUACGGGGCAAAUGUGAACUUGGCGGAUGAAAAACGCAAGUGCGGCAGUCCUCUAGGAGCAGCCGCAUACGAGGGUUCUCUGGAAUAUGCAAAGUUUUUGGUGGAGAAUGGAGCCGAUGUGAAUGCGCAUCUCCCCGGAAAGUACGGAAGUGUUUUGGCUGCUGGGAUAUUCGGGAGUGGGGGAAUCCAGAUGGUCAAAUACUUGAUUGAGGAGGCAGGAGCGGAUCCAGGCAUCUUAUCCUUCAGUCUGCCGCAAAGAUCGCCUUGGAUUAGCCAUUAUUGGCGUACCGAGAGGACCGAGAGGCAAGAAACAGCAAAGUAUCUCAUUGAGGGGGGUCAUGUUCAAGAGAGUGUUCUACUUGACAUUGGCUUCCCCAAGGAAGAUAUGCCGGAAAUGGAAGAGUAA